UCAAAUCCCGGCCGGCUCCAACUCCAACGUCUCCUCCUCCAGAUUUCGAAUCCCACCCCCAUUUCAGACACACACAGAGAGAGCGGCGUCAUCCAUCAUCUCCUCCUCGUCCUCGCACAGCCACCCAACCAGCCCACACGCGCAGCCAUGGCGGCGGCGGAGGACGCGGUCGCGGUCGCGGGGACGGAGGCUCCGAUCGCGGCGUUCGCGGUAGCCAAGGGCGGCGUCGUGCUCAAGCACAUCUUCCUCAACGUGCCGCCGCCGGAGGAGGCGCGGCGCGGCGGGGAUGGGGACGCGGAUCCGGAGGAGGAGGAGGACCCGCCGGUGCUGUUCGGGCGCCACCCCGACUGCCACGUCCUCCUCGACCACCCCAGCAUCAGCCGCCGCCACCUCGAGGUCCGCUCCAAGCGGCGCCAGCGCCGGAUCGCCGUCACCGACCUCUCCUCCGUGCACGGGACACGGGUCUCGGGCCAAAGGAUCCCACCAAACACGCCGGUGGAGCUGGCGGCCGGUGAUACGCUGCAGCUCGGGGCCUCCAAGAGGGAGUACCGGCUUCACUGGCUUUCCCUCAGCGAGGCAUUUGAGACGGAGGACCUGCUGCCGCCACUUGUCGAGGAGGACAAGGAGGAGCUGCACGCUCAUCAGGAGGCACGGAAUCAGUUGGCACCUACGCAGACGGAGCCAAUGGACACUGAAACUCAUCAGGAGAUGAUUCUGCAAGUAAUGUCAGAACAAACUGAAUUCUGUGCUGAAUUGAUCCCCUCGGCGCCACCAUUGCCUGAGUCUGCCAAUUCCAGUUCCCUGAAAGAAUCUUUACUCUCCGUUCUACAGGAAAAGAUUGUUAGUGACGAUUCAGGUACAGAAUCUGUUGCCCCUUCCACAAUACAGGCAGCUAGAACACUGGUCCAAUCAGACAAACAGAAUGCAUCGGGCACCAUGUCCCGGAGGGCCAAGUUAAAGUCAGUCAAAUCUCUUCGCAUUGACACAGGAAGGAGAAGCAGAACUUUGAGCCACAGCUGUCAGAAAGAAGAAGGCCAAUAUGAGAAUCUUGUAUGUUCUCAAAACUGCAAGGGCGAAUGUGCAGCCUGCAUGGUUUUAUUCAAGAAUUCUGAUGUCAAAGAAGCUGAAGAAAAGGAAAAGGUGAUUGCACCAGAAAAGGACCACAUGAACCCUCAUGUCUUGGACAUCAUUACCAUGGAGGGGAAUAAGGAAGUGCCUACUGUACAUAUGGAAUCCUAUGAGGCUGUGCCAGAAAAUCCUUUCACGCAUGCCAUAACUUGUGGAAAUACGACUAACCACCCAGACAUGAAGUAUGAUGAUGGAGGUCUCUCCAACAAGGAGAAAAUGUCCCAAAAUAAGAUUGCUAUGGAGGACUCUGAGCUUCAAGGCAUAAUGUUUGGGAGCAUAUUUGACAACUUGGAUACAGAAGGAAGAAGAACUGAAGAAAAAGAAGAGAACAGCCUAAUGGACAAGGAGAACACCACCCCUCUUGUCUCGGGAAACAUAAUAACUGAGAGGAGUCAGCUAAUGUUGAAGCCUAUCAGUUCACAAGAGUUGAUGGAUUCCAUUUCUCCUUUGAACUUGGAACAUGACAGCUUUUCAGAUAGUGAAAACUCCAUGCUGAACAUUGGUAACAAGAUGACGGCAAACGAACUAACAUCUGAAAAUCUUGAGACAGAGUUUAUCCUCAUGUCGGAUGAAGAUUUUAAUAAUGACAUCAUUCCAGACAAGGAAAACUCAGUGCUAGCUCCUGGAAAGUAUGAUGCUGCCAUCUCCCCUGCGAAACAAGAAGACCUCUUUCCUGACGAGAAUAUGACACCUGCCUCCAGGGAUCUCAAGCCCAUUGCUGGUAAUAUUCUUGGCUCGAGAAUGGACAGUUCGGUUUCAGCAGAAUACACUUCAAACAGAAGCAUCCACCAACGGCACUGCAGUGAACUUUCAUCAGAGUAUGAUGCUACCUCCCCUGUGAGGCAACGAGACAUCUUUCCAAACAAGGAGAAUGUGACGCCUGCCUCCAGAGGUCUCAAGUCCAUUUCUAGGGAGGUUCUUGGCUCAAGGAUGGAUAGUUCACUGUUGGCAGAAUACACUCCAAACAGGAGCAUCGAUCAACGGAAAUGCAAUGAUCUAUCAUCGAAGUCCAAACGUUUCCACACAGUAGAUGAUGAAGUUUUCUAUUCAGAUAAGGAGAAUUUGACACCUAUAUCUACAGGAGAUAUGAAAGCGAGAAGGUGUCUUCCAAAGAAUCUCUUCCAAUUGGAUGCAGACCAAGAUCAGGAGGCCUUCUGCUCUGACAAGGAGAACUCUACACCAGCAUCUUCUGUAGUUCAGAAAACAAGGGAUAUGUCUGAAAACCGGGCACGGAUUGAAAGUGCAAUCACAAAGAAAAGGGUGGAAGAUAGGCUUCCUUUCCAGACUCUUCUCUCAAAUUCUCCCUUGAGACCGACCAGCUCAUUUGAUUCUACCCAGGCUAAUGCUGGAACAGCUGAUUUCUCAAUCAGGUUGGAAGAUGGACUUAACAGUUUUCCACACCUAGAACAGCACAAGAACCGAGAAUCAGAUAGGGUUGGAGAAGGGAUGAAAGUCUGGACCAUGGUGGCUGAUACUGAUUGUCUUCUUGAUGAUGAAUCAAUGAAGUCUAUAAUGCUACUAAAAGGAAUAAAAGGAACUCAUCUCAUCAUACCAAGAAUUGUGAUCAGGGAGCUCGAUUCCAUGAAACAGCGGGAGGGCCUGUUCAAGAGGUCAACAAAGGCCACCUCCAUACUCCAAUGGAUCGAGGACUGCAUGGCGAACGAGAGCUGGUGGAUCCACGUGCAGAGUUCAUCUGAGAUGUUGCCAGUAGCACCAACCCCACCUGCAACUCCUACCGAAACGCAACGCAGCGAUGGAGAAAGGGAAGCUGCUGCUGCCGGGACCUUCAACACAAUGUUGUCUCUUUUCUCCCCAAGAAGCUUCACUGGCAUCUUCUCCCCGAGAAGCCUCACCGACAUCGUUUCCCCGAGGACUGAAGACCGUGUCCUGGACUGCGCCCUCCUCUUCAACAAGCUGAGGUGCAGCCAGAAGAUGGUCAUCCUGUCCAACAGCGUCACCCUCAAGAUCAAAGCCAUGUCAGAGGGCCUGCUGUGCGAGGGAGCCAAGGAGUUCCGGGAGACGCUGAUGAACCCUUGCUCAGGCAGGUUCAUGUGGUCCGCGAGCGUGCCGAGGGGCGCGGCGUGGUCGCGACUGGACGAGACCGCCCUGGCGGAGAACUACUACAACAGCCACCACCACCGUGAAGCCAGGAGGAAUGUCCCGGCCGCCAGGGGGCUCAAGCUGAUCCUGCUGCACAACAGCUCCUCCCUCGGCGCGCAUGCUGGCGACCAACUCCGUCGCCGGGAAUGAAGCCGUUGCUCCGCUGCAACCCAAUCGUGAGCAGUUGGGUACGGUUCUUUCAAGUACCGUGUGAAAAUGACACAGAUAAAAGAAAAAACGCCCUGUGAGUACGAGUUUUCUUGAUUCGUGGCGAGUGAAACAUUUUGUUUGUUUGGUAUGAUUUCCAUGCCUGGUGACAAGUGUGAACUGUGGACGUGAUAAUGACUGUGAGUGAACCUUGAACCAAUGGGUGUGAUGAGACUGAGUCUACUCUACUGUUUCUUGA